UUGAUGACCCGAUUGAAAGAUGAUUACCACUUAUUUGAUACUAAUCAGUUUCUUUACAAUAUGUACUGAAAGUACGGACGAUUGUCCUGAUCAGAAUUGGCCAGGCUGUAAGAGCAAUUGCAGAGCUACAGAAAAAAAGAGUUGUGAACCGUGUGAAGUCGGUACAUUUGGUGCAAAUUGUUCAGAGCCAUGUUCAGCCGGCUAUUACGGAGAGAAAUGUUAUUUUGUGUGUAACUGUACAGAAGGAGAAGUUUGUGAUAGACGGUACGGCUGUGUGGAGAACAGAACGGAAGACAUCGCGGGGAUAACUACGUACAAAUACGUACAAGUAACAUCAAAGGAUUCUCUCAGUACAACUGCACCAAAGUCUAAAUAUUCCCAAACGUCAAACUCUCCUGAAGGUGAAUUUAAAUGCUAUUUACAUACGCCACUUUUCUCAGUAAUACGUAACGUUUCGUGAUAUUUCAAGUACAAUUCACUUGUUUCUACGAAAAAAAUUGGGUUGUACAUUACGAGGUUUGGGAUUUAGAGUCAGCAUAAUUUAAUUCAGAUUCUCUAUACAACUCAUCGGUUAUAAAUACAAAA